CCCUGAUCGACAGAGAUGCAAACCCCGCAUUUGUCCUACUUGCUUACCUAUUCCCCUCGAUUUACCUAGCGAACCAAAGAAUGUUUUCCUCGUAUCCGUUUGUCUCUCUCAUCUCACCUACUACAGAGGCCUGGAGAAAGUGUCGAACUUAUUACAUGUGACCAACGCUCGUCAACACAACGAACAGCAAUCUUUCGACAAGAGAGACAGCAGAAAGUUAUAGACGAGAGGAGGGAAAAGGAAAAAGAAAGAAAGGAGAAGAAAGCACAACACAACAUGACCGCAAAGAAGGAAAAUACCCUCAGACUAGAGGAGGCGACAUUAGACGACGUCCCCGCGCUGACGGAGACGUGGUUCGCGGCGUUUGCCGGCGACGAGGUGAUAUCCCGCCUCUGGCCCGAUACCCCCGGCGUGAGGGCGUGGUGGGGCGAGGCGAAUGGCGGGGAUAUGGCGGCGAAGCCGUUUCAGCGGUUCGUCAAGGUCGUUGAUGUGAGCGGCGUUGCUACCGUGACCGGGACGGAGGCGGCGGAGGGAACGGACGAGGGAGGGGAAAAAGGAGGCAGACCGAGGAUCGCGGCGUGGGCCAAGUGGGAUACGAGUGUGCCGGCCGAGAGGGGCCGGCGGUAUUCUCCUUGGGCGGGGGAUAUGCCUUCCGAGGUGUGUGAUUUGUUUUUUGCUAGGGAGGAGGCGGAGAGGGGGCGAGUUAUGGGUGAUGAGAGGCAUUAUUAUCUCGACACGCUUGUAACGCAUCCGGACUACCAGCGGCGGGGCGCGGCGUCCAUGUUGCUCGCGUGGGGGUGUGCGCUUGCGGAUGAGCAUGGGGUCGCGGCGUAUGUUGAUGCUAGUAAGGCGGGCAAGGGGCUGUAUGAGAGGUUUGGUUUUGUGGAUGAGAGUUUGGAGGGGGAUGGGGACGUUGCGUCUAUGGUGAGGCGGAGGCGAUGA